AGGAGGAGUUGGAAAGUCACGUGGGGUAGGCUGAUAGCCGGAGGAGACGCAUCGCAAAAUUUGAACGGCUGAGUGCACAAAGACAAGCACAACCACAAUCUCAGCACUUGAUUCACCUCUCUACUGCAUCUACCACCUCAUCAGGAACUGCAGCGCAGUUUUAUGGCGGAAACAAAUCGCUCUGAGCAAGAGCCUUGCUGGGAGCCUGGAUGGAUGAAUGUGGGCUUUCCCUUUGGAACGGAUGGAAGCUCGUAGCUGCGUAAGAGUGGGAGAGCUCGGUAAUGAAGCACAGAAUGAUGACCACCCGUGAACAACACUGUUCCUUGAGUGUCCCUAUUGGGGGCAUUAAGUAGGCAUACCCAGAGAGGGAGUACGAGAGAGCUGCAAAAUCCCUGUUUUGGAGUAACUGUGCUGCUCUGUUGCGCAUGUACCACAUGGCACUUCCUGUCGUCCAUUCGUCACGCUCGCCGAGUUCAACAAUGGAGUACGCACUUGCCGUACUAUGCGAUGACAGUGACUUCGAAGAAUGGCUUUCCCAACAACGAAGGAAACGCAAAAGGAUGCGUCUCAUUGUAGAUGCAAUUGCAGCAGUCGUCACUGGAGGAGACAAGGGUGAGACUUCAGCAGAAGUCCAAAGGUCUAAUGGGGUCGAGGGUUUUGUAACCUGUAUUGUCCCGACAUACUCGGACAUCCAGUUCAAAGAACACUUCAGAAUGUCCCGGACAACAUUCCAGGCCCUCCUUCAGGCCACAGCACAGCACAUGCGGGAAGGCCCCACCCAGAUUCCUUUAGAGACAAAGGCGCUGAUGACACUUUGGCUUCUGGGUAACCAGGAGUCAUUCAGGGGUGUAGCCGACCGGUUUGGCAUCAACAGAGGGACGCUCCACUUUGUUGUUGAGCAGAUGGUGCAACUCUGGACUCUCUGCAUGCCAGAGAACAUCACCUGGCCCACAGACCUCCAGCGGGUGGCCAACGCCUUCCUCAUGAAGUGGAACUUUCCAGGCGUCGUUGGGGCCAUCGACGGGUGCCAUAUCCUGAUCAAGGCACCCUUAGAAGAACAGUCAGCAUAUUAUAAUAGGAAAGAGCAGCAUUCCAUGAUCCUGCAGGGUUGCUGCGAUGACACAAUGAUGUUCACCCACGUUGUCAUUGGAUACCCAGGACGAAUGCACGACGCCCGCGUGUUUGUGAGUUCCGGAGUCGAGGAAAUUUUGGGAAGGCUUCCAGAGGACAUGCACGUGCUAGGUGACUCGGCCUAUCCACUGAGGAGCUACUUAAUGAGCCCCUUUAGAGAUAAUGGGCACCUGUCACCUCUGCAGGUGAGAUACAAUCUCAGGCACAGCAAAGCCAGGGCUGUGAUAGGGAGGGCAUUUGGCCACCUUAAGGCAAAAUUUAGGAGGCUACAAUAUUUAGACAUGUCCCGAAUGGACCUUAUCCUGAAGGUAGUUGGGAGCGCUUGCUUCCUUCAUAACUUCGUCAUAAACAACACGGAUGGCGAUGAAUGCGACGAAGAGGAAGCGGUCCAAGAUGAAGAGGAAUCAGGUUCACAAGAGGAAGAAGCCUCAUCAGCAGAUGUAGCUGCCAGUGCCAAACGCAUGCGGAUAGCAAAUGAUUUGUAGGCAGCAGGUAAUGAAAGUGAAGUCUUUACUUAUUGCCACUGCAUACUGGGUUUGUCCGAGCUGUCUAUGUCUGUCACAAAAAAAUUCCGAUAUAUAUUGUAAUCCCUGUAAUGUAAGCAUAUACUCUUGUUUGUUUGUGUUCCA